AGCUUUUAUUGAAUUUUUUCUUGUACUGACAGCUGUGUUUGGAUGCUCAAUUGAAACAAAUUGCAAUCACUCAUAUCGAUAACGUCGAAAUGGGCAAUCUGGGUUUUCCCCAAUACAGUCAUAAUGAGUGAAUAGUCCCCCAAAUUGGAGAGUUACUUGAUACUACGGCAGAGUGUCACAGUUGAUACUCAGGCGCUUGGAAGUUAAGUGGAUGAAAUUGUGAAGUCCACUGUCGUUAAAUCAUAGUCCUGAAAUCAGAUUAUUUGGACAAUCUGAACCAGCAAUCUGCUUCGCAACUGAGAAUCUGCAUUAAGCCUAGGAUGUUUUACUCUUGAAGAUAUCAUCGACUUGUCACAUUUCAAUCGGGACUUCUCAUCCGGUCAUUUUAUUGAAAUUUUUACACGUUCUCAAAACGGAUUUCAUGAAAUUGUGAAUGGACUGAUAUUGAAGGGAGCUCUGUGGGCCACUCAAAAGCAUGGCCUCCUUGAAAUUUUCUGCCACAUCAGAACUAAACUUCUAUCGACCCGAUCGUAGUUUAGUUUGUGAGAGCACUUCCCUUUAUGGCACAGAGGCGAUCUGCUACAACUACAAGUUAUGGCUAUCACAUGAUAAAAGGAAGACAAGAUCAGGGAAAAUCAUGAGAGAUUAUGGUUGCAAUGUCGAGCGAAUACUAGAGAAACCAUCCAAAGAUUUUCUUUUGCAAAAGCCAUUUACCUCUUUUGCCAACUGUGUUCAGAUCGCAUUUGGGCAUAAUACUUACCCAUUCAGUCGGCUGAAACGCAUUAGGAUCACUGGGUUGCAAGGCGCCACUGUACAUGAGUCUUCAGAAGAAUCUUCAAAAAGAAAGACCGUGAUUUUGAAGAGCCCAAAUUCUAAUGUUGUCAAAAAUGAAAAUGCUGGGCUUCGUAACAAUAUGCCGAGGACAAGCAGAAGAAAACUGUGGAAGCGCUUUCCUGGUGUGAAGGAAGCCAUACAAGGACAAGCUUUGAGGCCCAAUUCUGGAAGCAAAGAACAGUCACUUGUACAGGAAAGAAAUGGUAGCAGUUCAGUUUCUAAUGUCAAUGAUGAUGGCAAUGAAUUAGAGGCUGCUCUGUCUGCAAUUGGGCCCACAUCGAGUGUGGAGCAUUGCAAUUCUAUUUUGAAACGGCUCGAAAGGAGUAGCGAUGAGAAGACUCUGAAUUUUUUUGAAUGGAUGAGAAGCAAUGCAAAAUUGAAAGGCAACGCAACCGCUUACAAUUCGGUCCUCCGAGUGCUAGGAAGAAAGGAGGAUUGGAAUGCAGCUGAAAUGUUGCUUCAAGAGAUGACUGCCAACAUCGAUUGCGAGCUCAACUCUCAAGUGUUCAACACACUUAUAUACGCAUGUUAUAAGAGAGGCCUUGCUGAAUGGGGCACGAAGUGGUUCCAUUCAAUGUUGGAAAAUGGGGUCCAGCCUAAUGUGGCUACCUACGGUAUGCUCAUGAACCUUUACCAAAAGGGUGGAAAACUUUCAGACGCCGAGUUUGCUUUUACCCAUAUGAGGAGCUGCAAACUGCACUGUAAUGCUGCUUAUUCAGCAAUGAUUACAAUGUAUACUCGUUUGGGUUUGUAUGAGAAAUCUGAAGAGAUCAUAAGCAUCCUGAAAGAAGAUGAGGUGCAGCCGAAUUUGGAAAAUUGGUUGGUUCAGCUAAAUGCUUAUAGCCAGCAAGGUAAGUUAGAAGAGGCUGAGUCAGUAUUGAAGUUGAUGCAAGCAGCAGGAAUUUCCCCAAAUAUCAUUGCGUACAAUACUCUGAUUACUGGAUAUGGUAAAGUGGCCAAUAUGGAUGCUACUCAGCGUCUUUUCCAAAAUCUUGAAAACAUUGGUUUGGAGCCUGAUGAAACGACUUACAGAUCCUUGGUCGAAGGUUUUGGUAGAGCCGACAAUUACAAAGAGGCGAUGUGGUAUUAUAAGGAACUCAAGCGAUCGGGAUUUUAUCCAAAUUCUUCGAACUUCUACACGAUGAUAAACUUGCAAGCUAAGCACAAGGAUGAAGAGGGUGCCAUUCAAACUCUCAAAGAUAUGAGGGUAAUGGGAUGUCAGUAUUCGUCGAUCCUCAGUAGUCUUCUGCAAGCGUAUGAGCGGGUUGGAAAGAUGGAUAAAGUUCUUUUCAUCUUGAAAGCUUCCUUCUAUCAAAACAUAUUGCUCGACCAGACGUCCUGUUCGAUUUUGGCCAUGGCCUGCGUGCAACACGGCUUGUUGGAUGAUGCUUUACAAGUUCUACACGACAAACAAUGGACGGAUCCCAUUUAUGAAGACAACUUAUACCAUUUGAUGAUUUGCUCAUGCAAGGAGGCAGGCCGUCAUGAAAAUGCUAUUAAGAUUUUCACCCAAAUGCCCAAAUCCAGUACCAACCCAAAUUUGCACAUAACAUGCACUAUGAUAGACAUUUAUAGUUCCAUGGACCAAUUUAAUGAUGCAGAGAAUCUCUAUCUGAAGCUAAAAUCUUCAGGAAUUGUAUUGGAUAUGAUUGCGUACAGCAUAGUUGUGAGGAUGUACAUCAAAGGCAGAUCUUUGAAAGAUGCCUGCUCGGUUCUAGAUGCAAUGGAGAAACAGAAAAAUAUUGUUCCUGACACUUUCCUCUUCCGAGACAUGCUCCGGAUAUAUCAACAGUGCGGCAUGCUAGAAAAACUGUCAGAUGUUUACUAUCAAAUAUUGAAGAGUGGAAGUACAUGGGAUGAAGAGAUGUAUAACUGCGUUAUAAACUGUUGCGGCCAUGCAUUGCCUGUGGAUGAGGUUUCUCGGCUUUUCAAUGAGAUGAUUCGACGGGGGUUUUCAGCCAAUACCAUUACCUUCAAUGUUAUGCUUGACGUUUAUGGGAAAGCACGCCUCUUUAAGAAGCUCCGAAAAGUGCUAUGGAUGGCUAAGAGGCAGGGCUUGGUCGAUGCAAUUACGUUCAAUACUGUCAUUGCAGCGUAUGGCCAAAACAAGGAUUAUAAGAACAUGAAAUCCACUUUUCGGCAUAUGCGAUUUUCCGGGUUUCCUGUUUCCCUCGAAGCCUACAACUCCAUGUUGGAUGCGUAUGGGAAAGGAGAUCGAUUUAAGGCAUUCAAUGGCGUGUUGCAAAAGAUGAAGGAAGCGAGUUGCGUUUCGGAUCACUAUACAUACAAUAUCAUGAUCAAUAUUUAUGCGAGGAAGGGCUGGAUUGAAGAAGUUGCAGGCGUUCUUGCGGAAUUGAGGGAACGUGGAUUGGAGCCAGAUUUGUGGAGUUACAAUACUCUAAUUAAGGCGUACGGGAUUGCUGGUAUGGUUGAAGAGGCCGUGAACAUCGUGAAGGAAAUGAGAGCAAAAGGGAUUGAGCCGGAUCAAGUAACAUAUAUCAAUCUUAUCACUGCGCUGCAAAAGAACAACAAUUUUCUAGAGGCUGUUAAGUGGUCGUUGUGGAUGAAGCAGCUUGGAAUGUCAAGUUCGAAAUGCUGAUUUAGAAGUAAUGCUUCCAAGAAAUUUCCACUUUGUUGAAGUCCGGGGGCGCUUUCUGUUGUAUAUGGAGCGGCCAAGUGGCAGUUCUCUGAAAAUUCAAGAAGCAGGGGAGCCCUCAGAUGUAUCUGUACAGAUGAUAUCAAAGAAUUUCAAGUAUGUAUUUGAUCCACUUGUUGCAUUGGGCAAUCUCUGCUCUUGUGAUUGUGUUCUUGUAUUGGUGGACUAGUUAUUUCUUGUAAUUAAAUGAGUGUUUGUAUUUAUGGGAAAUUCAAAUUCGAUAUGCUUGCUA